UACCUAUUCAAAGAGCCUUCCUCCAUGGACCAUCCGGUCGUCGUCGAUUGGAGGUGGCGAUGGAUGGCGGUAGGAACGCGCUAUCGAACAGAUAAGAGAUAUCGGGGGACCGUGUAAAACACUUGACAAUGUCAAAAGUUCAGCAAUCCAAUCACUUUCCUCUAAUUAGUUGGGUAGCAGAUGGAUAUUGCCAGUCUCAGCUGAAGGAAAUCACAAAGCUGGUGAAAUAACAGGAAAAACUACCUCAAAGCAUGGGAUUAAAGCUUAAAUGGUUCCGGAGACGAAUCACCUUCGAGGGAAUCCCGUCAGCACCGGAACGCAAUAACAGACGAAAGGAGCAAAACUCGGGUGUCACCGUUAUCGGAGUUUAUCGACGAAGUGUCAACUGUGAAGAUUACGUAGAACCAAGCAGUAGGUCAUCCUAUUUUUCACCUCCACCGGUUGAUAAACCAGCUAUCACAAAAUCAACUGCGACGGCUACAUCCAAGUUGACAAAAUCAAAUGUAGAGAAACAAUCAAAGACCGUCAUCAAUGACACAACAGAUAAGAUAACGUAUUCAUCGAAAAACCCCGAUCGAGAAGCUGCUAUUCGUACCCCGCCAGAACCCUCAUAUUCCCCUCCUAAACUACCAGCCAAUCGAGGAUUGCCUAAAACAAAAUCAACGCCUAAUCUACAACAGGAAUCGAUAGAUCUUACUUCUCCAAUCAGCCGAUUGGAAACGUCGUCGAUUGAAGUGCUUAAUGAGGUCGUGCCAAGUACUGCUAGGAGUCCGAUUGUUUCACCAGCACCACGUACAACUGGUAUCAAUUACAAUGCACCUCUGCGAAAUACACAGGAAUUUUCUUCCGAAACAUCUCUUGAAGAAAAGCCCACCUUUUCAAUCGAAAAACUUAAAGAUCCAAACAGUGAUGAUCUGUUACGACAACAACCCGAAUUUUUCAACGAAAUUCUUCAAAAAGUUAAUGGCCUGGCUUCUACGUCAAAAGUCAAUUCACAAAUUGAUGAACAACCUCCUAAAAGUUCAAUAUCGUCGGCUGAAACUGAGUCAUUCGACGAUAUAUUCAUGAGGGUGCAAUCCAAACCUCGUGAAGCGAUUUCUUCAAUGGACGAAACUGAACUAAAUCCUCCGGUAAACAUUUCUCGUACUUCUUCAAUUGAUGAUAUUUUCGAACCUCGGCCACCUGAAUUCAGCAGCGACAACCCAUUGAUCGAUUUGGAUUCGAACAGUGUCGAGUACGAAGAACCAGUGCGAAUCGACCCAGCGAUACCGGAACUGUCAAAGAUCGUUCAGGAACAAUCCAUAGAGCCCAAACCCAUCAAGUCCAUUUUGAAAAAACGAGCUCCGAUGCCUCCUCAACAGCAACCAGAACAACGACAAGAGCAAGCGAUCAUUAAAUUCGAAGAGAUUCCUACACCGCCACCAAGAUCGAUUCGAAAACAGGAACCGGUCCCUGUAACUAAACCUAAAGAUACAGAAGAAGAUAACACAGACGACGACGAAGAUGAUGAUGACACUUGGAACCGUGUUUUUAAGCAUCGUUCCAGCAUCAAUCACACACUAGCUGCUCAGGUUGAUCCACAGAUCUUGCAAAACGUGCCGGUUAGCCUGAAGACGGCAGCACCAAGGAAGGUCUCGCCACAAACGAACCCCCGGGAGCUGCUGGAAGAUGCUCCCAAAACGCUGAGAGGAAUGCGAAACACUCAACGAACUCAGCGCGACGGAUUCUUGACGUUAGGGGCGAGCAAUCGCGCUUCACAUACUAGUGACUUUGGGGGUUCAGAAGCAUCGGCUUAGUAGUUUGCCUCAAAAUAAACCAUUAAAUGACUUUUA